AUGGUCGACAAUAUUGAAAACAUUAAGAAGGAUCUUAUUGCGAAUAAAUUAGUCAUAUUCGUUGGUUCGGAUGUAUCUGCUUAUACAGCAAAUGACGACAAGCAAGUUGCAUGUUGGAAAAUACUAGUUCAACAUGCACUUUACGAAUUAUCAAAGAUUUCAGAUGAAGAUUUCAACGAAGAUAUUCAAAAGUUGAAUGAUUCUACUACUGACAUAGACGAAUACAACCGAAUUAUUAACCGAGCAAAUCCUUAUUUGCAAGAACACACCGAUGCUUACCAAUGUUGGUUAAAUGACACAAUCGGAAAAUUAUUUCCACACAAACCAGAAUUGAUACAAGCCUUGGCUGAUUUUCGUUGUCCAAUUGUGACGACAAAUUACGAUUCACUUCUUGAAAAUGCACUGCACAGAAAAUCGUUAACUUGGGAGCAAUAUCGAACUGAUCCAUCGUUGCAGAGCCUAGACGUCCAUCAUAUUUUGCACCUGCACGGACACUAUCAAUAUGCGAGCAGUAUCGUACUGAACAGUGAUCAGCUUUUUCAAGAUAAAAUCACACGAAUGAAAUUCUUAAAGCUUGUUCAAGGUAAAACGUUACUUUUCAUUGGUUACGGUACUCAGCAAUUCGAUCCAGAUUUCUCAAAUAUUUUAAAAUGGAUAUUCAAUCUUUCUGUUAUAAAUCGACCGGCUAUUUACAAACUUAUUCGCUCAACUGCUCAAUGUUCAAUUCUCGAAAACUUCGUAGAAAUCCCUUGCGGAAAUACUUUCGAAGAUAUAUUAUCCUUUCUCAAAAAUCUUUCCUCAUUAUCAACAUUCCGCCUUGAAAAUCACGCAUUAUCCAUUCGAAGAGAACAGGUUCGUCAGAAAUAUCUCAAUUAUCUCCUGCAAGAAUACGGUCAUGUUUCAAUCUUCGGAUGUUUGAAUCAGGAUCUUCAUUUACCACUAGAAAGCGUUUAUGUUGAGUUAAAAUUUGAUCCAACGCAUCCGUCGAUAAAAGCAAUGAAAACGGUAGACAUGACCGAAGAAUUCAAACGUCGCGUGUCAUCAAAGGAAUUCUUUACCGACAAUGAAAAACGAAAAAUUCUUCGAGCGAUUUUUCAACACCAUGCGUAUAAUCCACAAACGAUCUAUCGAGAUUUGAUGAUCGAUCAAUGGUUAAACGUUCUUCUCGCAGAUGACAAAAUCUUUUCUUUGACCGAGAGGUAUGCCAUCAAAGAGAAAAUUUCAAAUUUAAAACGAAAUAUCCUCUUCCGAAACAACCUGAAAGAAGUUCGACAAUACCGAAUUCGGCAAGCGUUUAACAAGUUCAAACAUUUUGUUAUUCUUGGCCAUCCCGGCUCAGGCAAAACAACCAUAUCGAAAUGGUUAGUCACAAACAUGGCUCGGCAAUGUUUAGGCAUGCAGAAUAUGUUGUUCAAUGAAGAAGACACACCACAGGAAAAAAUCCCGAUUUUAAUCCCGAUUUGGAAAUAUGUCGAUCAAUUGAAAGAGAAUUUCAACGGACAGAAACAAAGUUUACUCGAAUUUUUGUACGAACAUGCCACAUUCGAUGCGAGUGUCUUCACCGACGACGAAAGGAAAGAUUUAUCGGCAUUGCUCAGUAAUUCGCUCUUACAUGGAAAUGUUUUGNAUAUACCCAUCGGAUUUUUCAACUGUUUAGAAAAUUUUCACAUCAAUGUACCGUACCUAGUUGAUGGAGUUUCAAUGAACUUUUUUAACGAAGGAUUGUUUCAUCGAAAUCGCGAACUUAUUCUACCCAUGGUCUUGCUUCACUUUGGAAUUAUGUCCAACCAAUUGAACAGACACAUCAUCUAUCAAACUCUAUUGCCUGAACUGAUCGAAAAAGCAAACAUGAAGGAGUUUUUGCUUGAGAAAAUCCAUUCAAUGUCUAAUGUGUACUAUAAGUCACGAGCACUGUAUCAAUUAGCAGAGUUCUACGAAGAGAAAUGCGAGGAACUAUUGAACGAAUCAUUUGCAGUCGCCAAGUACAUUCCGGAAGCAGUUUUACAAUUUCAAGUUCUGGAGAAAAUCUUUAAUGUGUUACAUUACAAAGCAAUAACACAGGCAAUGCUCAUUCAGAAAGUCUCUGAUGAAUUGACUCUUGUAUAUCAUAAGAUCGACGAUGUUUACGAUCGAAUCAUUGCAACGAUACGCUUAGCGUUCUAUGGUACGAGUGAAUUUCGAAGAACAUAUUUCAGAAUGGCUAUAGAAUUACUUAAGAAAACGAAUGAAAAUGAUAAGAAAUUGAAAUUGAUGAUGAAAUUAAAACCACUCAUUGGUAUCUACGAUGAUCUGCGAACUGAUUUCGAUGGAAUGGUUAAUCGACUUCAGAAUAAAACAUAUUUUCAUCUGAUAAAUUCUCACUACGGUCGAAUCUUAUCGAUCGACCAGAGUAGCUCUUAUGUCCAAAGUCUUUUUCGACUAUUCGCGCAAUUAAACGACGCGAAAUUACUCAUCGAAAACGAUGAAUGUCUAACUCAACUAUGGAUCAAUCUCUCAAUCGAUGUGAAUAAUGAAACGAACAUCGAAAAACUCUUAAAAAUCGCUCUAGACAAAGAGCUAUUUCUCACGCCGUUAGCUGCAAUUGUCAUCGACGAAUUAUUGGAACAAGGAAAAGAGGAAGCGAUUUCAAUUCUAUUUCCUUAUCUUAUCAAACCGUCGAAUGAAGUUUUACCUAUCGUUCAUCGAUGGUUCCGUUCGUCUACUAAUCAAGCAGUGAGAAACUUUGCUGCUAUCUUACUCGUCGAAGCGAGACAUGUAUUUGAAUCGGCAAUUGAUACGAUCGUGAAAUUAUUAGAGAAUGAUAAUGAUCAAAUCCGCUAUCGAGCACAACGAAUUUUUCAACAUCCGGAACGCGAUCCAAAAGAACCAAAUAAACGUAUNACGAAAGAUCGAUAUUCCCAACUGGCGAGUACCUCUCAGCAUGACAUUCGGAAUCUUAAUCAAACAUCUCCGACUCGUAUCGUUCCGUUCGUGAUUAUCGAUUCUUUAAACGAUAUGUUUUUUCUGUCGGAAAGCGCGGAAUGUAACUUAAUUCGUCGAUUGGCUGAUCUUUUACUAUCCGAUUACACAAAUCUCUCGGGUUUCUCCCGGCUAGAUGAACACCAAAAUGCACUUUACGGUGGCAACGACAAUCACCAGAGUGGAAAAACGAUUGCGGAAUAUCACGAAAUAGAGCAGUUUCUCGAAUUGAGUGAUAACGAAAUGAUGCCAUUUCUCUUCUACUAUCAAGAUAUUUGGGGAAAAGAUCAGACAAAAUAUAACAUGGCUAGGUAUUUGGAAAGUUGUCCUGCGAAACAAUAUUGGCAUGUUCAACCAACAUUUGACGAGAGGAAGAUUUAUAAAGAUUCAUUUCUGACACCACGAAUUCUUGAAUUGUUACUCGAAAAGAAAUCUCCAAAAGAUUUAAUGAAGAGAUUACGAAAAGAACUGAAAAUGGACAAGUUAAACACAUCCGAACAGAUCGAUGCACUUGUCGCCGCAAUCGUCUUGGGAGAAUUCGAUUUCAUCAGUACGAUAUUAAGAGAAAAAGAAACAGCAUUUACCAGAGCAUUGGCCAAUCGAAUUGAACAGUUGAUAUUCAUCUUGAAAGAUCCGAUUGCACGCUGUUCAUCGCACAUGAACGAAUAUCUCUCAGUCAUUUACGAAAAACUUCAAGACAAACAGUUAAAAUGGAAUUUGAACUUUUCCAGUUAUUGUAAAGUAUAUUUGUCUCUGAUCGCCAAAAGCGGUGGUUUACCUGUUGAUACCCACGAGCUGGCUAAAACUGUGAAUAGUAUGGAGGAUAAGUCAAAUCUCAAUGCUGAGUACUUAGCGUAUCGAUUUACUGGCUUUUCUGGUGAUUUUCGGUAUCACAUAGCUGUACUAACUGAUACAUUGACAAGAUUCGGAAAGUCCGAACAGAUUAUAAAAACAUUCCUUAGAAUAAACGAUGCAGUUCAACGCUGUCAACCGAUUCGGGCGCUUCCCUGGGCAACGGAUAUAUUUCCUUUCGAAUCUUCUAGUAAAAAUGAUAUACCCAUCGGAUUUUUCAACUGUUUAGAAAAUUUUCACAUCAAUGUACCGUACCUAGUUGAUGGAGUUUCAAUGAACUUUUUUAACGAAGGAUUGUUUCAUCGAAAUCGCGAACUUAUUCUACCCAUGGUCUUGCUUCACUUUGGAAUUAUGUCCAACCAAUUGAACAGACACAUCAUCUAUCAAACUCUAUUGCCUGAACUGAUCGAAAAAGCAAACGUGAAGGAGUUUUUGCUUGAGAAAAUCCAUUCAAUGUCUAAUAUGUACUAUAAGUCACGAGCACUGUAUCAAUUAGCAGAGUUCUACGAAGAGAAAUGCGAGGAACUAUUGAACGAAUCAUUUGCAGUCGCCAGGUACAUUCCGGAAGCAGUUUUACAAUUUCAAGUUCUGGAGAAAAUCUUCAAUGUGUUACAUUACAAAGCGAUAACACAGACAAUGCUCAUUCAGAAAGUCUCUGAUGAAUUGACUCUUGUAUAUCAUAAGAUCGACGAUGUUUACGAUCGAAUCAUUGCAACGAUACGCUUAUCGUUCUAUGGUACGAGUGAAUUUCGAAGAACAUAUUUGAGAAUGGCUAUAGAAUUACUUAAGAAAACGAAUGAAAAUGAUAAGAAAUUGAAAUUGAUGAUGAAAUUAAAACCACUCAUUGGUAUCUAUGACGAUCUGCGAACUGAUUUCGAUGGAAUGGUUAAUGGACUUCAGAAUAAAACAUAUUUUCAUCUGAUAAAUUCUCACUACGGUCGAAUCUUAUCAAUCGACCAGAGUAGCUCUUAUGUUCAAAGUCUUUUUCGACUAUUCGCACAACUAAACGACGCGAAAUUGCUCAUCGGAAACGAUGAAAGUCUAACUCAACUAUGGAUCAAUCUCUCUAUCGAUGUGAAUAAUGAAGCGAACAUCGAAAAGCUCUUAAAAAUCGCUCUAGACAAAGAACUAUUUCUCACGCCGUUAGCUGCAAUCGUCAUCGACGAAUUAUUAGAACAAGGAAAAGAGAAAACGAUUUCAAUUCUAUUUCCUUAUCUUAUCAAACCGUCAAACGAAGUUUUACCUAUCGUUCAUCGAUGGUUCCACUCGUCUACGAAUCAAGCAGUGAGAAACUUUGCUGCUAUCUUACUCGUCGAAGCGAGACAUGUAUUUGAAUCGGCAAUUGAUACGAUCGUGAAAUUAUUAGAGAAUGAUAAUGAUCAAAUCCGCUAUCGAGCACAACGAAUUUUUCAACAUCCGGAACGCGAUCCAAAGGAACCAAAUAAACGUAUAUCUGUCAUCGGAGCACGAACGUUAAUGCAAAUUCUUACACAUCUCUCAGAAAAGACAUAUAUGCCGAGAGUGAGUGUGUACCUUCGAACUUUCUUCUAUGAUUUACUCUGGGACGAUCCAGUUGUAUACUUAAAUCUACUGAAAUCCAUCACGAGAACUCAAGAAAUCAACUCGAACAACCUUCGACCAAUAUUCUAUCUGAAUAAAAUGAAAUUCAUCAAUGGUUACACAUGGAAUGCAGUGAUGAAUUCGCUACAAUCCACAUUUUAUCCAUGCUAUUUCGAAGAAAUCUUCCAGUCAACUAUGACAUUAGCCAAUUCGAAUCAAAUUACAGAGAACAACUGGAAUGAUUUCGUUCCGAUAAUAUCCGCUCAGGAUACAACUCAAUUUCGAGAACAAUUCUACGUCACACACACAGAUGUGGAGAUCAGUAGUUUGAUUCUGGAUGAAAUAUGUGCAUUGACACGUGUUCACGACGAAGAGUAUUUCGAAAUUCUCGAAGCCAAACUACUUGCUGAUGUAUGCGUCAGAGUCGACGAACUUCUUCAUUACAAUUACGAACAAAUACGGCGCAUCGCUCGAUGUAACUUCUAUGUUACAAAUGAUCUAAUUCCCACAGUACUCAAUAUGUUGAGUAACAUUCAAAUCACCAGUGUUAUGAUGGAAAAUCUAGUCAAAUGGUUAAUACCGAAGAUGGCAAGUUUCAAAGACGUUGGUAACACAUCUCUUUUCUUAAUGAUCAUUGAAUGGCUGUUGACUUUACUUUCGGCUUGUGUUCAGAAAGAUGAUUAUUUAUACCGAAAGUUAACAAAUUCGCCGCAUUUUAAUAAGAUCCAACUGAUAAAACUUCUAGAAAAAAUGGUUCAUGAUCAUCCAUAUUUUCCGUCGCGUGGGAAUGCGUUUAUUUUACUUGCGGCUAUCGAUCAUUCAGAUCAUAUGGUGAUAACGAAUUCAAUGAAUACAUUGUUUGAUGAAAAUCUAGUGAAAGAAUAUUCAGUUAUUGCUCUACCUCUCAUGCAUAUGUCGCCGAACGAAUUUAUCAACGAUCUAUUGGAGUUUCUCAAAAAUGAAAGUGCUGUGAAAGCUUAUGAGAUCCUGAAAAUCUUCACGGAACUUGCUUUAAACGAGCAGAUAGAUGCGAAGAGUAAAUCGAAAAUCAUUAGUUAUAUCGUGAAAGAGAUUGGCAGGUUUGAAUCGAAAAAACCCAUCAGCUAUUAUUAUACGGACACAAAAAUUCCAUUUACGACAACAUUGGAAAAAGAAUUAUACAAAUCGUGGAUUAAAAUUCAAGGACUCUCGGGCAAAACGCAAUAUUCUAUUGAAAGUGGUCAAUUAAAACAAUGA